ACACCUAGCUUCCAGAACCCAGAUCCUUGGACUGAACUCUUGCCUCACUGGACCCAGCUUUCCUUGACUGCACUUUUGGGCGCUGAUUUUGAACAGAAAAUUUUACAUGUCAAGAGGAUCCUCAUCCUAAGAUCACUGUUGACUGUCUCACCCAAGGCUGGCAAGCUCACUAAGUCAAGGUGGAGAACUGGUGGAAUCUACUGUGCUUUUUGCUGUGAAUUUGAGUGAAAGUCACCCAGUUUUCCCUUAGGACUUGAUGGCUGCAACAUUUUCUCUACAAGUCUCCCACCACCUGCCAUUCCAGCACAGGAUAAAAUAUCACUGUUACUUCCCAGUCACCAUAUAUCUGAAGACUACUGAUCUGCAGUAGCUUCGAUAGGAUAAGAGCACCAAAAACAUGAAGACCAAUUUCAGCCUCGGAACACUAUCCUCUCUGGGUAUUGAAGAAGAAUAUGAUUUCAUAUACAACAACACUGAUCCAAAGAGUAUUGAAGAGAACUAUUCUUUUACAUACAAUAACACUGAGAGAGGGCAUGAUGCAAUGAAUGCAGACUAUGGAAGAAUUGCCAUCUACAGCUUCAUUUGUGUUUUCUGCAUUUUUGGGCUUAUGGGAAAUGGAAUAGUCAUCUGGCUUCUUGGUUUUCGCAUUAAGAGGAACCCUUUUACUACCUAUAUCCUGAACUUGUCUAUUGCUGACUUUGGGCUUCUCAUAUCUUUACUUUCAAUAUUUUUAGUUUGCAGUCUACCCUCUACCUUCGUAGAAGAUGAUGGUGUAUAUAGGGAAGUUUCUGCCUUUAUAGCUUGGGAGUUCUUUCAACUGAUGUAUAGCAGUGGUCAACUUCUACUGACAGUCAUCAGCAUUGACAGGUGUAUGGCUGUCCUUUUCCCAAUUUGGCAUCGAUGCCACCGGCCAACAUACUUGUCCCCUGCUUUGUGUAUCGUCAUAUGGGCCAUCUUCUUCUUGAACUGUGCCAUUGAUUUCACAAACAGAUUUGACUGGUUCUUUCUAGUUAAUUGGUGUUCUACAGAACACCUCCCAUAUAUGGUCAAUUCCCUUCUCUGCCUCCCACUCAUCACCCUCUCCACAUUGAUCCUGCUCAUCAGAAUGUGCUUUAAAUCACAACAGCAUAAACGUGGGAAAAUCUUAAAAACUAUUGUGAUUACUCUUGUCUUCUUUCUCAUCUUCGCUUUUCCACUGAAUGUCUCCUUCCUAAUCCAUUUUUAUGAUUGUUGUACAGAGUCAGAAACUUGUCUGUCUUUUUUAGUGGAUACUUUUGUUCUUUCUUGGCCAUCACCUUACUAUCUGACAGAAUAUGGAUUGUUAUGUGCCUGUUUAAACAGCUGUGUUAACCCCUUGAUUUAUUACCUGGUUGGGAGACAUAAGAGGGGUCGAUCUAGGCAAAGCAUGAAGGUCAUCCUCCAGACAGCUUUCAUGGAUGAUCAAGUCUGUGGAGAGCAAGUGGAAUCCCCAGCAGAAACCCAGUUAUGAUUUCUCUUGGAAAUGUUGAGGGGGGAAAGUCUAGCCUUGUCAUUCUAGUUAUAAUCGUGCAGAUUCCUUUAGGUAUUGAUUUGAUGAUCUUACAGAAACCUGUUUCAGGUGCUGUAGAGUCACUACAACUUUCAGUGCUAGGAAGCUACCAUCAGACUUUUCAUAAAGGAGGAUCCGGAGGCCCCUGAUAUUUGUAGGAGGAAAGAGAAGCUGUAUUGUAUAUAGUUCUAAUGUGUAAUUGUUUAUGUGCUGUAUGUUGUUCCGUUUUAUGUAGCCUGCCCUGGGAUCACUUUGUGACUAUGGAGAGGAUUUUUUUUUUAAUGGACUAAAAUGCACGAACAAUUUACUUUGAAAGGGGAUGAUGCUAUUGGAAUGGACUGUGAGGAGGGAGGAAACAAGGGGCUAAUUACACAUACUGCUAAAUGUGUUGACGCCGAUCACAUAGCACUGCAGUCAUUUUUGUGAGAAACAUAUGGGCAGAUUAUAUGCCUUCUUUCCCUACCAGGAUCUGUGCAGAAGUCAUCACAACUAUGCCUUUUUCUGCUAUCGCUAAUUGCAUCCUGGGGAUGAUAUUCACGCAGACUGCAGCAGGGGAAAGGAAGAUAAAACCUUCUCUCCCCACAUGCUUCAGUUCCAAUAAAAACCUGGGACCUUCAGACUUUCUAUUUAUUAUUAUUAUUAUUAUUAUUAUUAUUAUUAUUAUUAUUAUUAUUAUUAU